UAUAUCUGCUGAAUGGCGGCGCGCGCGCACAUUGCAAGUUGACGCGAGUGAUCCCGUACUGUAAUCGAAGUAUACGUUUCAAACUAUUUAUUUGUAUAGUGUUUAGUGUUGCCACGAGUGUUUGCAUUACAGUGAACAAUGGAAACUAUAAACCGAAUAGUUGAGGGGUACCAUGACCUCAUGGACAACCAGAGUGAUCAGAGGGUGAAGGACUGGUUCCUUAUGUCAUCUCCUUUCCCAACACUAGCCAUCUGCCUCACAUAUGUCUUUGUUGUUAAAGUUUUGGGGCCAAAACUGAUGGAGAACAGAAAACCAUUCGAACUCAAACAGAUCCUCAUAUGGUACAACCUGUUUCAAGUUAUUUUUAGCUGUUGGCUCUUCUAUGAGAGCAUUGCGAGCGGUUGGUUCACAACAUACAGCUUCAGAUGUCAGCCAGUAGAUUAUUCGAGGACACCUCACGCCAUGAGGAUAGUACGCGGAUGCUGGUGGUAUUACUUCUCUAAGUUCACGGAGUUCUUUGACACCAUAUUCUUCGUGAUGCGUAAAAAGUUCAACCACGUGUCCAAGCUGCACGUCAUCCAUCACGGCAUCAUGCCGAUGUCGGUUUGGUUUGGAGUCAAGUUCACACCGGGUGGUCACUCAACAUUCUUUGGUAUGCUGAACACGUUCGUUCACAUCGUUAUGUACUCCUACUAUCUACUCGCUGCUCUCGGUCCUCAAGUUCAAAAGUACCUGUGGUGGAAGAAGUACCUCACAGCUCUCCAAAUGGUCCAAUUCGUGCUGGUAUUUUUCCACGCCUUCCAGUUGCUUUUCAUCGAUUGUGACUAUCCACGAGCCUUCGUCUGGUGGAUUGGAAUGCACGCCGUUCUGUUCUACUAUCUCUUCUCCGAUUUCUACAAACAGGCUUACCUCAAGAAGGUUAAGCGAUCAAAAUCUAAAGAGAUAGAAGUAGAAUCGAAGUUUGAAUCAAAGGAUAGGAUGUAUCUGUUAAACGGAUUCAGCAACGGCUCAGCUCUCGGGGACGUGCGGCAACGAAUGGCUGGUGCGGUCGCCUCACAGUGAUAGUGAUGUGACACAGACUAGAGAUGUCCCUGUACGUCGAUAGACGGACUAAGUACAAAGUGAAUCUCAGUUAUAAAAUUAAGCUCAAUUAGUUAGUGCUAGUUUAUAUAGCGCGAUGGUGUAUAUGGGUCUUGUGUCGUACGAAAUUGUCUUCGUUUAAUGAUGGGAUGUCCCGCGGCCUGUAUACAUGUACCAACAUUUUAUAUUAGAAAAAUUUAUUGUACACAAACAUACAAUAGACUGCCCUCAUGUAUUAAACUAACCUCAUUUAUAAGAUGAAAAGAAUGGUGCAAUGUAAAAACUGUUACGACAAACCACGUUCAGGAUGAUAUUGAAUUUAUGUGUGAUAUAUUACAUUGGUAAAAGGAGUUGUAUACAGAUAAUUAGUUUUAUAAUCUAUAUCUUUUUGUUUUCCCGCCAAUACUUGCAAUCUUCUAUAUAUAAAGUCCGGUAAUGAUGUGAACAUCACAAGGUUUGCACGAGCCCAGUAUCUGAUUGUACUUCAUAAUAUUGAGAUAUCGACUUAGUUUCACAAUGUCCUGGCACAAAAUACAAUGCAUGUAAAAAUAUUUCAAGAGAAAAAAAAGCAAUCAAACCAUACAUAUUAUUUAUUAAUAUUGUUGUCAUUACGUAUAUCAUGCUAUAAAAUUAUAAUGAGUCGAUUUAAAAAUAUGUUUGGCAACUAAAAAGCAAAUGUUUGUAAUAAAAUUUGUGAUAACUAUUGAAAUAAAAUAUUAUCUUAAACUUUA